AUGAAAACAACAUAUGCUAUCGUUAAGGAUGAUUUUUAAUAAAUCUAAGCUAUUCAAUAAAAAUGGAAACAUUAAGAUAUUAAGAAAGAAUAUAAAGAAGAUUUCAAAAGAUUAAAAUUAACUUUUAAUGAUGAAUAAAACUAGGAUUUCCAACUUCCUGAUGUUUUUAUAACAACAAAACAAUAUCAUUCAAAACCUACAAGUAUAUCAAUACUUAUAAUGAGAGAGUCCAAAAAUGAGAAAAAAACAAUCAUUUAGUUUUGAUUAAGGACUUCGAUCAAUUAGUUUAUCAAAAAACUAAAGAAACCUUGAAUUAUCAACUUUAGAAUCUAAUUAUAAAAAGUUUAAGUAUAUAAUAUGUUAUAUUAUAGAAAAUAUUGUUGUUCUAUAAAAUAAACUUCUAGAGAUGAGAUUUUAAGUUAAUGUGUAUCAAUAUCAAAAAACUAUAAUUUUUAAAAGAUUGAUGGCAUUAAAUUUCCUUAAAGUCUAUAUGCAAUUCAUAAAAAAAGAAGAGAUUAAUUAGAUGAUAUCUUUAGAAAUUAAACUUGUGAGAAUUCUAUUUAUAAAAUAAAAUAAUAUGAAGAAGAAAAUUAAAAAUAAUGUAUGAUUAGUAUUUUUAUUUUAGAAUUAUAAAAAUAAAAAAAGAAUAAAUAAAAAGAAUAUACAAGUAGAUCUUAUUUAGAUAAUGCUUAUUUUUCAAUUUUAUCAGUAAAUAGAGAAUGUAGAUAAAGAGUAAAAAAUGUUAUUUAAUAUUCAUUACCUAAAGAAUCUAGAUUUUAAUAAUUUUGA